UUUAAAGUUAUCAGAUUGUAUUUCAUCUAGUCACAGAAUUAUUAUUUUAAAUUAUUAUCUUUAAAAACCAAAAAGAAAGGAUUCUAAUUAAAAUAUUUGGCUAUAAAAUAUUAAACUAAUAAAUAGCAAAAAAUUUACAAAAAUAAAAAAAAUUUUAGUCAAACAACUUCUAAUAGACAAGCAUCCACUGCUCUUAUAAACUCAUAAUAAGCAUAACCUAUAAUUAAAUUUACCUUUACAAAAAUUCAUAGAAAAACAUCCUCGGAGGUCAGCUCCCCUACAUAAGAAUAGCCUACAGAAAAAGAUAUUAAUAGUUUGUAAUAAGGUAUAGAGAUGUUACUUGUUGAAAACUAAAAUGUGCAUUCCAAAAAAAGGAAUUUUACAUAACACUGUUAAUUUCAUAAAAUUUAGCCAUCUUAAAAUUUUUUUGAUCAUUUAAACAUAAGAUCUAAGCUAAAGCCCUAUGAAGAGCCCUCUGAAAAUAAUUUAAAAAUAAUUGUUAGUGAUUAGAAAUAAAUAGUAGAAAAAGAAUACCGCCAGAUGAAUUAAUACCUGGGAGAAAUCUAUUUACAAAAUAAGAUGUCUUAAUAAAAAAGAAAAAAAGUUAAAGAGGAAGUAAACAACAAACCUUAUUAGAUCAGAGAGAAUAGCUAACCUAUGGAUAUAUAUAAAUAAGGAUAACAAAGAUAAAAUAAUAUGGAUAUCGAAGAAUAUCAAUCUUAACAAGAAAAUUAAGUAAAAACUUUAAAUUAAAGUCAAUGCGAUAAUCAAAAUUCUAGUUAAUUUGAUAGAGAUAACAACUAUAAUGAUUUCAAAUAAGAAGUAAUAGCAAAUAAUAUUUAUGAAUAUUAUAGAUAAGAGAAACAAAUACUGAUGAAUGCAAUCGAGAGCAGAUAAAUGAAAAUGAAUAUAGAAUUCUAAUGA